CUGGAUUUCUGUCAUCCCGGUAGUCAGAAAUCGCGUAUCCGUUUUCCCAUCUCCAUUUUCACAUCGGUCGUGCAUGGCAAUGCUCCCCAAGCCCCCAAUUCCUCCUUAACCCCAACUCAAGCGGCCUCCGACGUGGAUCUCCACAAUCUUCAAGAUCUCAUUCACCGUGAUCCUUUCUACGAACUCUCGGAACAGGACAAAGCCCUGCUUUGGCGAACUCGCGAUACCUGCUGUCGCACCCUCUUCCCCGCUGAAUCCCUGCCUUGGCUUGUUCAAGCAGUCUCUUGGGAAAGAUUGGAGCUGGUAGAGGAAUUCUAUCGUCUGCUUGCCUCUUGGCCACGCCCCCUUCCUGUUGAAACCUGUCUCCAACUUUUGGGAGUUGCUGGAUUGGCCGGAUCUGUCACAGCUAUUGAAAGUUCCUUCGGAGUUAGUGAAGGGGUUGCGGGAGGGUCUGGUGGCGGAUAUGUGAUGGCUGGAGGUCGAACCACCGGAGUGGCGGACCCUCUAGUGAGAGAUAUUGCCGUACAGGGUCUGCAGGCAGGACUCUCAAAUAUGGAAUUGGCGGACUAUUUGCUGCAGUUGGUUCAGUCAAUGAACGUUGACCUCUAUCUCUUUGAAAAAUCUCCUCUCGGUGAUCGUGAGAAGCCCGAAUCUGCCAGGUCAAGAGCCCUCCUUCUUGACACCACAUUCAAGGCUCUUUCUGGGGAUGCAGAAGAAGCCAAGAGCCGGUUCCUCACCAUCGGUGAAACGUGCUUUGCUCACCCCUCAAUUCGUGUCAAUGCACUCAUCAAGGCUGCUGCUCUUUUCAUGACUCUUGAUAAUGUUCGUUUUAUCAGCUUGUCUACUUGUUUCUUAUCAGUAGGUGGGUUUUUAUCUUUCGUUUUUUUUAUUCCACAGGACAUUUCCGGUUGUAUGUACACCUUCCAAGAAGCACAAACUCUAGACCCUCUCUGUGCCGAUGUCUACCUUCAUCGUGGACAAACUAAUCUCCUUACAGGAAAUUUAGAUGCUGCAGAAAAGGACUUUUCUGAAGCUAUUCGACUUAAACCAGAUUGCUGCGUUGCUCACGCCCAGCGCCUCUAUAUGCACUACCGUAAGGCAUUCUCGGAGGGCAGAAAUUCUGAGUGCGAUAAGGUCGUUAAUGAUUUCAAACUGCUGCGGAAAAAAUACCCAACCUGCAUUGAGACCAUUUCCAUCUUUGCCCAAGUUCUUACUGAGAGGGGAGAAUUCGAAAGUGCCGAUGAGUUGUUUGCUAAACUCAUUGAACUAACACCCACUUCUGGAAUGCCUUACGCUCAAAGAGGUAUUCUCAUUCUUCGAUCUAAACAGGAUGCAGAAGCAGCUGAAGGAUUUAUCGAAAAAGGUCUUGAGGUUGAUCCGCGAUGUGAAAUGGCCUGGGAACUCCGUGGACAGUUGGCCAUGGAAAGAGGACAGCAUGAAAAGGCUCUGGAAAGUUUCCAAAGAGCUUUGGAUGAAAGUACUAUCGUCUCUGAUAGACAGCACCUAUUUGCGCUGAGGGAGGGCUUAAAAGCUCAGCUUGAAGUGGCGAAGAAAUACAACCUAAAUUUGAUGGGAUUGUAUAGUACUAUGAGAGAAGAUAUCCAAGCCUCUAUGCUCCAUGCUAUGUCCGAGGGCUAUGGUAGUCUCUAG